CUCGUGUGUACGCUUCAAGUAUUGGCGCAAUCGCGGUUUUGCAAGCGUCCGCGGAUUGCGGCACCGAGCACAUUCUGAAAAUCACGGCGAAAACCAACAGCGAUCGUGCGGCUUGGUUUCUACGAUCCAUCGAGCGUGGCGUGAAACUCAGGGAAUCUCGCGGCUUUUCGACGAGCUCCUGACGACGUCCCCGUCCGCGGAACACGGUCAGCCUGAACACCUCGCUCGGCUCGUCGUCAUCGGAGGUUAACGACGACGGCGAGUUAUGACUUCUUGCGUAGCUGAUUCCGCGGUUUGACGCGGAGAGGAGGCGGCGGUAGUGGCAGUGGUGGCGAUGGCGGUGGCGGUGGCACCUCUCGCUUUCACUCGCCGCGUGGUUGUGCGAAGAGGCUGUCACGGCGUCCGAGAGCUUCAGUAUCCGCCGGAGAGUCGCCGGAGACACGCGCUGUUUCUCGAUGUUGUUGAUGCGGCACCGCGAUCAGUGUAACACCCGAGAUUGAAGGCCCGAGCGAGAGUGAACGAGGGAGAUUUUCAAAUCGCAUCUUCGUGCCCGCACCGGAAGCGACAGCGAAGAAAGAGACCAAGAGAGAGAAAGAGAAGAAAGAAAGGAGAGACCGCGACGUGCGCGGGGAGGGAGGCGCUAUCAUAAGAGCGAGAGCACGCGGACUGACAGAGGAAGAAGCGUCAUUGGAAGAGUGACAGAAAUGGUGACAGUCGACUGGCUGAGAAGCAGCUUGGUACUGCUGUGUGCACUGUUCAUCGCGGUGUCAGCGUUGUCGCCGACGAUCAGCCAAUUCGAUAUUUCUGAAUAUGUCUACGGGGUGGAUCAUGACUUACAAGCGAGAGCACGCUCGGCUAUCGAGGCGGAGAGAUUCGCCUACCAAUCACCGGAAAACAGGAUACAGUCGGCGAGCGCGCCAUGCAGAGUGCGAUCGGAGAGGCCUUGUCCGCCGAGCAAAUACAGAACGCCUUCCGGCACUUGCAAUAACGUGAGGCACCCUGCCUGGGGUGCCAGGGGUUCGCCGUUCCUCAAGCUGCUGCCGCCGGCGUAUUCGGACGGCAUCUCGAAGCCACGUGAAUCGGUGGGCAGCCACAGUCUACCCACGUCGACCGACGUGGUCUCGAGGGUUCUCAGCCACCUGAGCACUUUGACGCGGCAAGGCAGCCACGAGGGUCUCACCAGUCUCUCCGGGCUCUGGUCAGAGCUGGUGUUGCGGGAUAUCGCCGUUACGGUCCAUCCAGCAGACCGCAGAGACCGAUGCUGCUCGAGCAACGCCAGAGGAGGAUGGACUCGGCACCCGGAGUGCUACGAGAUGCACGACGACAAGUUCGGCUGCAGCAGGUACUGGCGCUCGGUGCCGAGUCUGACGGUGCACGGCUGUCAGUUCGAGGCUCGCGAGCAAAUGAACGGCGUGUCGGCGUACCUGGACGGAUCCGCCGUCUACGGCGCCACGGACGACCGGCUGCACCAGCUGCGCACGUACCACGACGGGCAAGUCGACCUGACCGUGUGCGAGUUCUGCGAGUCGACGAGCGCGCUCGACCUGCUGCGGCAGGUACUCCUGCGCGAGCACAAUCGCGUGGCCGAGCGGCUGGCGGCGACAAACGUGCACUGGGACGACACGAAGCUGUUCCUGGAGGCGCGUCGCAUCGUCGUCGCGCAGUUGCAGCACGUUACCUUCAACGAAUACGUGCCGGCGGUGCUGGGAGAAGACGCGCUCGUCCAGCCGGAGCUCGCGCUGCUCGCCAACGGCUUCCACCACGGCUACUCGUCGUCCAACGAGGCCGGCACCUACGACGUCGUAGCUCUCACGGCUCUGCGCGCCCUCGCGUGGACGUGGAGCACCGGGGAAAACGACACGCUGAUCGAGGAUCAUGUUACCACUUCGGCCAACCAGGUCGACUUUGCGGCCGUACCGGACGCGGCGGCCCGGCUCGUCCAUGUGGCGCGGGAUCACGGUGUACCCGGAUACGUCGAGUUCCUGGCCGACUGUAUGGGCGAAAGUGCCCAGAUCCAGAACUUCACGAAUCUCGCGCGAAUGAUGCGGCCGGAGCACGCGCAGCUGCUGAGCACCCUUUACACGCACCUGGAGGACGUGGAUCUGCUCAUAGGCGGGAUCCUGGAAACUCCCGUGAAAGGUGCCGCUGUCGGGCCGACGUUCGAGUGUCUGCUGAGGAAGCAGUUCGUGACGAUGAGGAAGUCCGACCGCUUCUGGUACGAGAACGACAUCCCGCCGUCGGGUUUGACGGCGACGCAGCUCGCCGAGAUCAGGAAGGUGUCGCUCGCCGGGAUUCUCUGCGCGAACUCUGAGAUGCUCAAGGUCCAGCCCAAAGCGUUCAUCCAGCAGGACCCGUACCUCAACAGCAAGAUCAGCUGCGAGCAAUAUCAGCCGUUGAACGUCGCGGAAUGGGUCGAGGAAUCGUUACCGUUACCGGUCCUGCGGCACAACGACGUGGACGUCGAGAGCACGGCGAGGAAGUUCACGCCCAUCAUCAGCCCCGACGUGUUGGCGGCGGCGGUGAAGAGGGCGGAGGAGGAGCUGAUCGAGCGCAAGCAGCUCGAGUACAACGCCUGGCUGGAACAGAAGAUCGCGGACCCGAAGUCGCCCACCGGCACCGCCGCCAGCUUCUCCAAGGCGAACAAGGACGCCCUGCUGCUCGCCAACUCGUCCAUCAUGUACGAACUGGCGACCAACGAGAUCCUGAACGGCGUGCACGGCCUGCGCCGCCGGCGCCGGCAGAUCUUCGACAGCACGGAGAACGUGCUGAGCUUCCCCAGCAACGACUUCUCCGACCUGCUGCAGAACGUCGACAUCUCCGGCUUCCUGCCGCAGCAGAAGCCGACGAACCACGAGGAGGUGAACUGUCCGGUGGACGACUCGCCUUGCGACCCCACCUCGCCCUACCGCACCUUGUCCGGCCACUGCAACAACCUGCGCAACCCCACCCUCGGCAAGUCGCUGACCUCCUUCGCGCGGCUGCUGCCGCCCGUCUACGAGGACGGCGUGUCCAAGCCGCGGAUGACGUCGGUGAACGGCGGGCCGUUGCCGAACCCGCGAGUGGUCUCCACCGUCAUCCACCCGGACAUCUCGAACCUGCACAAUCGCUACACGCUCAUGGUGAUGCAGUUCGCGCAGUUCCUCGACCACGACCUCACGAUGACGCCCAUACACAAGGGCUUCCAAGAGUCGAUACCCAGCUGCCGGUCGUGCGACUCGCCGCGCACCGUCCACCCGGAGUGCAACCCGUUCCCGGUGCCGCCGGGCGACCACCACUAUCCGACCGUGAACGUGUCGUCGGGCGCGCGCAUGUGCUUCCCGUCGAUGAGGUCGUUGCCGGGCCAGCAACACCUGGGCCCCCGCGAACAGGUGAACCAGAACACCGGCUUCCUCGACGCCUCCGUCGUCUACGGCGAGAACUCGUGCAUCUGCAACAUCCUACGCGGCUUCAACGGCCGCAUGAACGUCACGAUGCACCCGGUGCGCGGCAAGGAUCUCUUGCCGCAGUCGCCGACGCACCCGGAAUGCAAGGCUCGCUCCGGUUACUGCUUCAUCGGCGGCGACGGGCGCGCCUCCGAGCAGCCGGCCUUGGCGGUCAUGCACACCAUGUGGAUUCGCGAGCACAAUCGCGUGAUGGAGGGCCUCAGGCAGGUGAAUCUCCAUUGGGACGGCGAGAAGCUGUUCCAACAGACCCGUCGCAUCAUCAGCGGCAUGCUGCAGCACAUCACCUACAACGAGUUCCUGCCGAGGAUCCUCGGAUGGAACGCCGUAAGCCUGUACGGGCUGAAGCUCUUGCCGCAGGGCUACUACAAGGAGUACUCGCCCACCUGUAACCCCAGCGUACUCAACGAGUUCGCCACCGCGGCCUUCCGGAUCGGCCACUCGCUGCUGCGGCCGCACUUGCCGCGCAUGGACAACAACUACCAGAACAUCGACCCGCCCAUCUUGCUGCGCGACGGGUUCUUCAACCCGGACAUGCUCUACCAGGAGAGCAUGAUAGACGAGAUGGUGCGCGGCCUGGUGGCCACGCCGAUGGAAACGUUGGAUCAGUUCAUCACCGGCGAGGUGACGAAUCAUCUGUUCGAGCAGCACGGCAUACCGCACUCCGGGGUGGAUCUGAUCGCCCUGAACAUCCACCGCGCCCGGGACCAUGGGCUGCCGUCGUACAAUCAUUACCGGGCGCUCUGCAACCUCAAGAGGGCCACCACGUUCGAGGAUCUCUCGAGGGAGAUGGCGCCGGAGGUGAUCGCCCGCAUGAAGCGCAUAUACGCCUCCGUCGACGACAUCGACCUGUUCCCGGGCGGCAUGAGCGAGAGGCCGCUCCAGGGCGGCCUGGUCGGGCCCACGUUCGCCUGCGUCAUCGCCAUCCAGUUCAGGCAGUCGAGGAAGUGCGACCGUUUCUGGUACGAGACCGACGACCCGAACAUCCGCUUCACCGAGCACCAGUUGGCCGAGAUCCGCAAGACCACUCUGUCUAAAGUGGUGUGCGAGAACAUGGACCGCCACACGGAGAUGCAGCGGGCGGCGUUCGACUUGCCGAGCAAUUUCCUGAACCCGCGCGUACCCUGCCACUCAAUGCCGCAUUUGGACUUCUCCGCCUGGCGGGAGACCAGACACGGCUGUCAGAUCGGCGGGAGGAACGUCGCCGUCGGCGAGUCCGGCUUCCCCACGCCCUGCACCAGCUGCGUCUGCACUGCCGAAGGCACGCAAUGUGCUUCGCUGAGAGUCACGGACUGCAAUCAGCUCCUGCGAGAAGCUUCCCGAGAAUCGAUCCUGCGGGACGACGUGUGCACCGCGCAAUGCGGCUUUGUGCUGGCAGCUACGGAGACCACCGCGAGAUUGCAACAGUUCACCACACCCAGCAACAGCUUCCCUGGCUUCCCGUUGCACCGGAACAACCUGGGAAGCUCGCCGACGCCGACCUCGUUCAAUGGCUUCAAGCUGCCCGACCUGUCGCAAUUCAUCGGCUGAAGCGCGCGCGGUGUGCAAGAAGAAGACUUUAAAAGCGUAAACUCGUUGCUUACCGAUAAACAAUACGCAGGAAACACACUGCUUUACUUCGAGAGAGACUGUACGACAAACCCGAUCCCCGAAUUUAAUCGAUUGACUGAUCAGGCGAGAACCUAAUCAGCCAAUUAAUUAAACCCGCGCGCGAAAGAAAGCUCAGUACCGCAAACGAAACGGAAUAAAGCGCACGCUUCCCCGCGAGGGACGCUUCAUCGGAAGAUAACGGAAGUUACAGUACCUGCCGGCGUGUAAAUAUAGAUGAUAAGGCGCAAGUAAUAAGUUCACCGGACACGAAGAGAAGAGAUCGCAUCACCGAAGAGAAGAACGAGAGAAGGGAGACGAGGCGCGGGAAGACGCGCGAGUAUACGCACGGGAUACGGAGGAUUGUCGGUCAGUUGUUUUCCUUUUGUUUCCUUCUUCCUUUUUCUCCCCACGAAUGAAAAAUCGGGCGCGCUGGAGGAUCGCGCGAGAACGGCGAGAGAACGAGCAAGAGUAAACUUAUCAUCUCACCUUGCAUACAUGGCAGUGAUGUCAUGCGCGGAAACUGGAAUCGAAGAAAUGCGGAGUAUAUCGGAUUGGAGAUGCACGACGUCGGUCGCGCGUAGAUCACACGC